UUCGAAUGGAACGACAAGCGAUGAUCGUCCUGGAAAGAGCAUGAACAUGAAGUGGCGCCAGUCGUAUUCUGUGUCCAAUGGCUUCGACGGCGCUCGAGGAGCCGCUCUUGAACAAACACGACCACCAUCACGACGGCGACUACACAGACGAUGAUGACAGCGACGAACAGGCCAAUCUCGAGUCGGGCGAGUCGCAGGUCAUUAUUCUUGCACGACUGAAACCCGUCGGGACUGUUGCAACCGACGGCAUGGCGGCAAAGUACGCGGACACAUUCACCCCGCCCUUGCAGAGUCUCAUGGCCGAGAAGGAGUUUUGCGCAGCGAUUGGCGCCAUCAACCAAACCGUCGCCGACUACUUUCCAUGCCUUUGCUGCGUCGUGUACGCAUACGUUGGGUACGCGCUCACGUGCGGUCUCAUGUUUUGCUGUGCGCGGCCGUGCACGUCGGAGGUCGAGUUGCACUUGCGACGCGUCCUCUGUCGGAUCAAUCGCAAGGACGUCUUUCAAAAUCACGGCAUUCGAUGGAAACUCAGGCGAACGCGGUGGACGUCGUGGAUUGAAGUCUCCCACAGCCCCGACCACGACGUCCGUCGCCUUGCCGUCACGAUUCCCGAGGUUCGACGAAUGUCCGUGCCCAUUCCUAGCAACCAAAGGCCAUCAUCGUCGCGAUCACCGAGCUCGCCACGCGACAUCCCCAACGACCGGCGACCUUCUUCUCCAAUAUAACUCAAUUUUGAACAGCCAUGUACAAAUCGCACUCUCGUUGGUUUUGCGGCGUUCUGUCGUAGUCAAUCGAUCCCAGCAGCUACCCGCACUGGCUCGUGUACUUGUGGCGAUGUUGCAAGGCCGACUCAUGACCGAACGUCCUCCUUCGAUUCUCUCUGACU